ACAAUCCAAAGCCUGGAUGUUGACUACGUCCUCGUGAUCUUUGGCGGUUACAUCGGCUACAGUGGUGACGAUAUCAAUAAAUUUCUGUGGAUGGUUCGCAUAGGUGGCGGUGAACAUCCGGACGAGAUUCAAGAACGGGACUUUCUGACCCCUCAGGGAGAGUACCGUGUGGAUAGUAGCGCAUCCAAUACCAUGUUGAACUGUUUGAUGUACAAACUUAGCUACUAUCGUUUCGGUGAAGUGCGGCUGGACAUGCGACACCCGGCUGGCUUCGAUCGAACGCGCGGUGUCGAAAUCGGUAAAAAGCAUAUCACUUUGGACUAUUUGGAGGAAGCGUUCACCUCAGAGCAUUGGUUGGUUCGCAUUUAUCGGGUCAAACCACCAAAAAAUGUUCCCACUCUGAAGCGCACUAGACGUCGAAUUCGAACGCAACAAACGAGCAAGUCGGCCGCUAAUCUGCGUGGACAGUUGAAAUUUAACUCACGUGUAGUUCGUGGUCGACGACCCACUGCCCGUACCCGAUAA